CAUUUCGUCCAAAAAACCAAAUAAAUAAAUAAAGCAAAAGAAGAAGAAGAAGAGAAACGAAAAAAUGGAGCCAAAAUUGAGGGUUUCAUUUUCUUCAAUAUCCGACACAAGUUUGAUAAUGAAGCGUUUCUUCAAACAUUUCAGUAUUGGAGGGGUGAGGGAAUUUUCUAUGCAAAAUGCUAGAAAUCCCGAUACCCAAAAAAGCCUAAAGAUUGAAGGGAUUAAAGAUAUAAUAGCAGUUGCUUCUGGUAAAGGUGGAGUUGGCAAGUCCACUACCGCUGUUAAUUUGGCUGUUUCACUUGCCAAAAGGUGUCAACUUAAAGUUGGGUUGCUGGACGCGGAUAUAUAUGGGCCUUCAAUUCCUUUGAUGAUGAGACUCCAGGGAAAGCCGGAACUGAGCAAUGAUAGGAAGAUGAUUCCAAUUGAAAGCUAUGGAGUUAAGUGUAUAUCGAUUGGAUCUCUUGUAGACGAAAGGGAAGCAAUUGUGUGGAGAGGGCCUAUGGUAAUGAAAGCCCUUGAACAGUUGACAAGGGGAGUUGAUUGGGGUAUCCUAGAUGUUCUUGUGAUAGAUAUGCCUCCUGGUACGGGUGAUACACAGAUAUCUAUUUCCCAGAGGCUACAAUUAUCAGGAGGGUUGAUUGUUUCGACUCCUCAAGAUGUUGCUUUAGUGGAUGCUCGCAGAGGGGUUAAAAUGUUCUCCAAAGUUAAUGUUCCGAUAUUGGGAAUUUUGGAGAAUAUGAGCUACUUUAAGUGCCCAAAAUGCAAUGAAGCAUCCUAUAUAUUUGGUCAAGGAGGAGCUCGUAAAACAGCUGAGGAGAUGGGUCUGAAAUUUCUUGGUGAGAUACCACUUGAGGUAGAGAUCAGAAGUGGUUCGGAUGAAGGUGUUCCCAUUGUUAUGUCAAAGCCUGAUUCUGUAAUCUCUCAAGUAUAUGGCGAGGUGGCUGAAAAAGUUGUCAUACGGCUUGAAGAGGUAGAUAAGGAGCAAAAUUUCAGGCCAGAUAUAUCUCUUUAAAUAAGUUGAUCAAGCUACCGGCCAAGUUGAGUGUAACAGUAAUCAUUAGAAUCUGCCCCCUUCUAACAAAAUCAGAGGAAAUUCCAGUUGGCUCCAGAUAUAGAGCACGAGUGAAAGCACAUUUAAGGCUAAGAAGAGUUCAAGGGAGUUCAUUGUUGAGAAAAGUGGUAUUGCUUGCUGGCGAUCUUAUGGACUAUUUUUUCUGGCCAAACAGCGGGGUUGUCACUCGACAAUUAACACUAACUGAAAGUCGCCAGGAAUGACGAUGUAUCCCUUUUGAGAGUUGAACCCAUCUAUACAACAUGGAAAGAUGAUGCUUACAGAUGAUGAACAUAACUGUUAAUCGACGUUAUUAGCCUUUGUCAUCAUUCUGGGAGAAAAAAGAGAGAAGAUCAGAGAUUUUUCCUGUAUUGGAUUUUUCAGCUUUUAUUUUCACAUAUUGGAUGUGCUCGUAUUUGUUAGUUGGAAUGGAUGGUUCAAUUCUGUGUUGGUUUUA